CUCCUCGGCGUGUUGGGGGUCUCUUCCCUCUACUUGGGUGCUCACAAGCCGUUGUUGAAUGACGCAGGCUAUGCCAACGGACCGGUCUCCAUCACCACUCCAGGCUCUCCUAACAUAUAUUACGACAACAAGAAGCCUGUCUACGACGGGGCCUUUGGCGGCAGACUUAACUACCGCCAGGUCGCCCUAGGCUCGAUGACCGGGUUGGUGAUAGGGUACGCCGUGUCCAGGUUGAGCACGGUCUUAUUUGUCUUUUCCAUUUUUGCGUACUUGAUCGGAAUCUAUCUCCGGAAGCAAGGUGUUGUGGUUGUCGAUACUAAGGGACUUGUCAAGGGGGCUGUGAACAGCGUGUCCUGGGACGAGCUGUUGUUCGACCAGACCAGCUUCAGUGUUCCGUUCCUCUCGAGUUUCUGCAUUGCUGCC